AUGGUGCCAAGACUCAAAGGAACUCAUGUCAUUAGAACCAAGUGGGUCUUUAGGAAUAAGCUGAAAGAACAAGGAGAUGUAGUUAGAAAUAAGGCUCGACUGGUUGCACAAGGUUAUAGUCAGCAAGAGGGGAUUGACUACAUAGAAACGUUUGCACCAGUUUCCAGGUUUAGUGGUCUUGCAAGUGAGGAUCCACAUAAGCAUCUUAAGGAAUUUCAGGUUGUUUGCUCUACAACAUUGAGACCUGAAGGAAUCACUGAAGAUCACAUCAAGCUAAGAGCCUUCCCGUUUUCACUACAGGGUGCUGCCAAGGAUUGGUUAUAUUAUCUUGAGCCGAAUUCUGUCACGACUUGGAAUGAUUUGAAAAGAGUCUUCCUAGAGAGAUACUUUCCUGCCUCUAGGGAUACAUCAAUCCGAAAAGAUAUAUGUGAUAUUAGACAGGGAAAUGAGUCAUUGACUGAGUAUUGGGAGAGAUUCAAACAAUUAGUAUCCAGCUGCCCUCAAUAUCAAAUUACCGAACAACUGCUUAUUCAGUAUUUCUAUGAGGGAUUGUUACCAAUGGAUAGAAACAUUCUUGAUGUUGCUAGUGGUGGAGUACUUGUCGAUAAAACUCCAGUUGCUGCCAAAGCCCUGAUUGAGAACAUGUCACUCAAUUCCCAACAGUUCACAACCAAAAAUAAUUCUAUGGUCCAAACAAAAGGUAUGAAUGACAUUCAGGUUUCCUCUUCCAACAAGGCUUUAGAAACCAGAAUUGAAGAGCUUACUUCUUUACUGAAACAAAUGGCAGUGAGUAAACCUCAAACAGUAAAGUUGUGUGGUAUUUGUACUUCUACUGAACAUCCAACUGACACAUGUCCUAUUCUUCAAGAUGAGUCGGUGACUCAGUUGCCUCAAGCAUAUGCAGCUAACUUUUUCAACCAAAGCAACAAUCAGAAAGGGUACAACAUUCCUGAAUUGUCCACCAACAAAUAUCACCCCAAUUGGAGGAACCAUCCAAACCUUUGA